GGCGGGUCCGAGCCCGGGCUGCGGAGGCUCCGCACCUAGUAGGAGCUCGUAACCGCGUCUGAAGAAAAUGGUGGAGCCCUGUGGUCGGGGCAGAAGGGGGAUUUGCCCCAACCAGGAUGCAAGUCAACACAGCAGAAAAUGUCCACUGAGCAGGCUCCAUGGACCAGUCUGUCCACUAUUCAGAAGAUAGCUUUGGGCCUUGGGAUCCCAGCAAGUGCAGCAGUCGCCUAUAUCCUGUACCGCAGGUACAGGGAAAGCAGAGAAGAGAGACUGACAUUUGUUGGAGAAGACGACAUUGAGAUAGAGAUGCGGGUUCCGCAGGAUGCUGUGAAGCUCAUCAUUGGCCGACAGGGAGCCAAUAUUAAACAGCUGCGGAAACAGACAGGUGCUCGGAUUGAUGUGGACACCGAAGAUGUAGGCGAUGAGCGAGUACUGCUUAUCAGUGGUUUUCCUGUUCAGGUGUGCAACGCCAAAGCAGCCAUCCACCAGAUCCUGACAGAGAAUACCCCAGUGUUUGAACAGCUCUCAGUCCCUCAGAGAUCUGUGGGCAGAAUCAUAGGGAGAGGCGGUGAGACAAUUAGAUCCAUCUGUAAGGCCUCUGGAGCCAAAAUCACGUGUGACAAAGAAUCAGAGGGAACACUACUACUAUCAAGACUUAUAAAGAUCUCGGGGACACAGAAGGAGGUGGCAGCAGCCAAGCAUCUAAUACUGGAGAAAGUCUCAGAAGAUGAAGAACUUCGGAAGAGAAUUGCCCAUUCUGCAGAAACCAGAGUCCCACGCAAGCAGCCAAUCAGUGUGAGAAGGGAUGUGACUGAGCCAGGUGGAGCUGGAGAAGCAGCAGGUUCAUGGAAGAGCACCAGUGCUAGCCUGGGCAGGACUGCACCCCUGGAGGUUCCUGCCCACAGGGGAGGUGGUGACAUGGCUGUUGUGGGACCGAAUGAAGCUUCCUGGGAGAAGCCUAAUGAUGACAGUUUCCAGAAGUCUGGAGCCCAAACCAGUCCAGAGACAUCCAUGUUUGAAAUCCCCAGUCCUGACUUCAGUUUCCAUGCUGAUGAGUACCUUGAAGUGUAUGUGUCGGCUUCUGAGCACCCUAACCACUUCUGGAUCCAGAUCAUUGGCUCCCGCAGCCUGCAGCUGGACAAGCUCGUGAGUGAGAUGACCCAGCAUUACGAGAACAGUCUGCCUGAAGAUCUGACUGUGCACGUAGGAGACAUUGUAGCAGCACCGUUGUCUACAAAUGGUUCCUGGUAUCGAGCCCGGAUCCUUGGCACCUUGGAGAAUGGGAACUUGGACCUUUACUUUGUUGACUUCGGCGACAAUGGAGAGUGCCCACUAAAGGACCUCCGGGCCCUUAGGAGUGACUUCCUGAGCCUUCCAUUUCAAGCAAUAGAAUGUAGUCUGGCGCGCAUCGCCCCCUCAGGUGAGCAGUGGGAAGAGGAAGCUUUAGAUGAGUUUGACAGGCUCGCCCACUGCGCUGACUGGAAGCCCCUGGUGGCCAAAAUCUCCAGCUAUGUCCAGACGGGGAUCUCAACUUGGCCGAAGGUCUACUUAUAUGAUACCAGCAACAAUGGGAAGAAACUCGACAUUGGCCUAGAAUUAGUUCGUAAAGGAUUCGCAGUUGAGCUUCCUGAGGACACUGAAGAAGACAGAACUGCCCCGGAUAUGUUGAAGGGCGUGGCCACAGAAACAGAUGCUUCUCUGGCCAGCAUGCUCACUGAAUCCAGAAGGAGCCCUGAAGAAAUACCACGUACCCUGUCCUGCCUCAGCUUAUCAGAAGCUGCUUCCAUGUCUGGUGAUGAUAACCUUGAAGAUGAUGACUUGUUUUGAAGCGUGGGCUUGAGCUGCUGUAUCACCCAUCAGCGUGCUGUGUGAGUGGAGCUGUCAUCUCUCUUAGAGGCAGGGAAGUGACAGGUUGACAACAGGACCUUCUUCCCUGUGCCCUUUGUCCUUUCUCUACAGCUGCUUUGCUGCAGCUUAACUUGCUCUCAGAGCCUGGAAGUUUCUUGGCUUUUUGUGUCUUUGGCAGGAUUUGGUGACUGGAGAGAGGAGUGUAUGAUAGAGAUUCCUGAUUCCUUUAUUACACACAUGGUCUGGCUUGCUGUGGAUCAGCCCAUUUUCUCCAUCCACUGAACUACCAAAGAGUAAAUGUGACAGAGACACAUACAUCCCUUCGCUUCACUCCUCUGACGCCGCCCUCAUCUUCCCUGUGUCUGAAUGCUGCUGAAUCAGGCUCACUCCCCUCUGCGGUCCAGUGCACGUCACUGCUGGGCUGGAAAACAGCCAAAGUUUAGGAUUUGGAAGGAAUGGUUCUGCAGGCUUCUGACUCACUUUAUCAGGUGACUGUGGUUAUGGGAAGUGAUUGGUAGGCUCAAAGACUGCAGUUGAGUCAGGAGGCAAAGGCAAAAGAAAUCAACAUAAAUAUAUUGAAAGGCUUUGGGAGGUGGAAAAAGAAAACCACCUCCCAGUCUCAAAUCCUUAAGUCAUUGGAAAAAGUGCUCCAGCUCUGCCUCUGCUGCGAAUGUUGUUUAACCAUGCAAGUAGGAGGAGAGAAGCAUCUUGGGAAGUAUUUCAGUUGCUAGUGCAGUGCCUGUGUGGACACGCACACACCUAACAAGGAGAAGCACAAACAGAGUUCCCAGGCUGGUUGUGGUGGUGCACGCCUUUAAUCCCAGCACUCAGGAGGCAGAGGUAGCAGGAUCACCAUGAGUUCAAAGCCACCCUGAGACUACAUAGUGAAUUCCAGGUCAGCCUGGGCCAGAGUGAGACCCUACCUCUGGAGGAAAAGAAAAUGUGUAGUUCUGUUUAAAUCAUUUGGGGGAUUGUUUGAUGAAUAAAGUUCUCAAAAAAAAAAAAAAAAUUAAGACCAAAUGCUCAUUGAGUCACAAAGUGGAAGUAGAACUACA